AUGUCAACUGCAAAUGAUAUAUUUCCAUUAUACUCCUCUGGGGUUGGAUAUGGCCUUGUCAUAGGGUUCAGCAGUGCUUUUGCAUUGGUGAUGUGCCUUAUUUCUUUCUUGCUCAAGAAGUACUUCCAAGAAGUUCAAGAUUCCGAAAUGUACCUUACUGCUAAGAGGUCCAUUAAAUCUGGAUUAAUUGCAAGUUCUGUUGUUUCGUCUUGGACAUUAUCUGCUACGUUGCUUACAUCAACAACUUUCACAUACCUGUAUGGAAUCUCUGCUUCAUUUUGGUAUAGUGCUGGUUGUUGUUGCCAAAUAUUUCUCUUUGCAGUCGCAGCUACUGAACUCAAGAGGAAAGCUCCAAAUGCACACACUUUCUUAGAAGUGGUGAAAUUCAGAUAUGGUGCUUGGGGUCAUUUGGUUUUGUGUUUCUACUCCUUGGUGUAUCAAUUUUUCAUCUCGAUCAAUUUGCUAGUGGGAGCGGCACAAAUUUUCGAAAAUGUUACCGGAAUGUCACAAGAGGCUACGUGCUUUUUAUUUCCUCUUGGAGUUGGUAUCUAUACCUACUUCGGAGGUCUUAAAGCUACUUUUUUAACUGAAUGGUUGCACACUUCCAUUCUCUUUAUCAUCAUGUUGAUCUCACUUUUUGUGCUUUACGCUACAGGAAAAGUUGCCGGUUCACCAGGGUUUAUAUUUGAUCUUUUGAAGAAAGCCAGUGCCGAGGUUCCAGUUGAUGGUAAUGCAGGUGGAGAAUACCUUACUCUUCGGAGUGUCAUGGGUGGAAUGGUGGGUUUAAUUUUCUUAGGAGGUGGGUUUUCUGCAACCGUAGACUCCCAAUUAUUCCAAAAAGCCAUUGCUGCUCAUCCUAGAUCUACCUUUGUGGGAUAUGUAUUGGGAGCUUUAUGCUGGUUCACUAUCCCAUUUUGUUUGUCUAUAACUUAUGGACUUGGUGCCAGAGCUUUGGAGUUGACUCCUGCAUGGCCCACGUAUCCUAAUGCAUUGAGUGCUGCAGACGUGAAUAAUUCCAUGGUGAUGCCAUAUCUAGCCUAUGCUAUUAUGGGCAAAGGGGGAGUAAUCCUCAUUUUGAUUGCUCUUUUUCAAGCAGUCACAAGUGCUCUCAGUUCGGAAACUGUUGCAGUAACUUCUCUCUUGACUUAUGACAUAUACAGAGGUUAUGUCAAACCAAAUGCAGAUGAUAGAACAUUGCGGCGGGUGUCACAUUUGUCAGUGCUUUUGUUUUUGUUGGUAAUUGCUUCAGUUGCAGUUGGAUUCUGUCAUGCUGGCUUCUCUGUCUCCUUCAUUGUUACGGCAAUUGGUAUCUUGAUCGAUGGGGCUGUAAUUCCUUCUGCGUGUACACUUUUUUGGAAAAAGCAGUCAAAGUACGCAGUUGCUAUUGUACCGGUCCUUUCUUCAAUGAUAUCUAUUAGUACAUGGAUAGCUGUUGCAUACCAUAGAUCCAAUUCCGUUACCAUCUCCACAUUAAGUGACUUGUAUCCUAUUGUUGCUGGAAACAUGAUAGCCCUUACCGCACCAAUUAUCUUGACACCAUUGAUUACUUUUUUGGGGCCAGAAGAUUUUGAUUUCGAGAAAUUGAAAGGGUUACAAACUGUGAAUGUGAACCAAAGUGAUGACCUGACUGUACUGACAGAAGCUGAGAAAGGGGUGGAUCAAGAAGAAGUGGAUUCUAAAGCCACAGGAGAAGAAGUAGAAGAGAGCGUUUCUGGGCCCGACCAAGACCACCAUAAAAGAGAAGUUCUAAGGUUGCUUGCUAUUGCACUCUUUUUUGUGUUGAGUAUAUGCAUACUUUGGCCAAUACCAAUGUAUGGAACAAGUUAUAUUUUCAGCAAAGACUUCUUUACCGGUUGGAUUGUCGUCACAUUCAUUUUUGCUUUUCUAGCAAGCGGCACCAUUAUUGUAUACCCAAUUUUUGAGUCCCGGUUGGAGAUUUUGUUGUUCUUCAAGGCAAUUGGGAGGGGGGUAGGAAGUAGUGUUAAGAGUAGUUAA